AUGGCUGCUUCAACUCAAUUUGCUCUCACUUUGCUCUUUCUGUUUCUCUUUCAGUUCCUAACAGGUUCGAAUUCAGCCACAUUCACAAUCGUAAACAAGUGCAGCUACCCCGUUUGGCCUGGCAUUUUGACCGGUGCCGGAACGACACAACUCGCCACCACGGGUUUCGCCCUGCAACCUGGCGGGUCCAAUGCUGUCGCAGCGCCCACCGCCUGGUCAGGCCGCCUAUGGGGUCGAACCCUAUGCUCCACGGACUCCACCGGAAAAUUUUCAUGCGUCACGGGAGACUGCGGCUCCUCCGUCGUGGAAUGCAACGGAGCUGGCGGUGCCCUGCCCGCAACACUAGCGGAGUUCACCUUGAAUGGUGCAGGGGGAAUGGAUUUCUAUGACGUCAGCCUGGUCGACGGCUACAACCUCCCAAUGACGGUGGAGCCGCAUGGCCUCGGCGGGAACUGCACAGCCACGGGUUGCGCGGUGGACUUGAACAAAGGGUGUCCCACGGAGCUAAAAGUGAUGACGGCGAGUAAUGAGAGCGUGGCGUGUAAGAGCGCAUGUGAAGCUUUCGGGGAUCCACAGUAUUGUUGCAGCGGCGCUUACGGGACUCCUCAGACAUGCAAACCAAGUUCCUACUCGCAGUUCUUCAAGAGCGCUUGUCCACGCGCUUAUAGCUAUGCCUACGACGAUGGCACUAGCACCUUCACUUGUGCCUCUGCUGAUUACCUUAUUACUUUUUGUCCUGCAAACUCCAAAAAGAAAUCCCCAAUGGAGGGGGUCAACUCCCCAAUGGAAGGGGCCAUCUCGAGAGGGCAUGUCCAAGUAGGUGGGUCGGCGAAGGUCAUGGCAGUGGUUAUUGGUGCUGUUUUAUUGGCAAAUUGGGGGCAACUCAAUUAG